UGGCGUGUGUCGGUGCUGCUCGGGCGGCCGGGGCCUAACGUGCACACAGAGAGGACCCCCCCCCCCCCCCCACCCCAUCCCCUUUAUUUGCUGCAUAUUCCUCGGGUGUCUCUUUUGACUGUGUCCUCCGCUGCUGCCGGCUCUUGAGAUCUUCCCCCACCCCACCUCCCUGUGCGGGUGUCUGGGAGUUGGGCCCUUGGGGGUGGAGGGAAUCAACAUCGUGUGCUUCGCUGGGGAGCUGUGCAGAAUUAGCUAUGCAGAAUUAGCUAUGCCCUGCCCAGGCAUCCUUUGACCGGCUGGAUUUCUCCAUUUCUGUCCGCCUGCGCACCAGAGGACAACAUAGGAUGAACAUCGGCAGUCAUGAUGCAAGGACUGAAAAACCGAACCAGGAAAGCCCUGGGCUUACGCAAGAGAGACAAGGAUACAGAUGCAACGAGUUCACCUGACAAAGAAGGAACUGGAAGCGGAAAGAAAGGAAAUAAAAAGGCCAAUGGAGCACCGAAUGGUUUCUAUGGGGAGAUUGACUGGGACAGAUAUGCCUCUCCUGACGUGGACGAGGAGGGCUUCAGCCUCCGGCCCGGUGAAGAGGGCGAUGCGGCUGCCAAAGGGAAGCAGUUUUUCUCCUCCAGCGACUCCGAGGAAGACGAGGACAGCAAGAAGAAGUUCAAAAUUAAAAUCAAGCCGCUGGUGGCGGACAGUGCCAAGUGUGUCCCUCCAUCUAUGGACGAGCUAAAAGCCUCAGUGGGAGGCCUAGCCCUCUCUCCAUCUCUGAAGAGAAGUCCGAGACGCAGCCCGGGGCAGAUGAAAAGGAACUUGUCCUGUGAAGAGAUUGCCAGACCCAGACGCUCCACCCCCACACCAAGUCCUGCCCCUGAGACACCAAGUGACAGGCUGUCGCAGAACGCUCCUGCCUUCUUUGGGCUGCCGUCAGAGACCAAAUAUGCCAGAUAUGAUGUGGUCCCUGCUGAUGCAUGGGGAGAAUCAAGACCACGCUCAGAAUCACCGCUGAGCAGACGUUUCCCAACAGGAGCUCCUCCUCCGCUUCCUCCAAAAAACAUUCCAUCAAGAAGUCAUUACGCCUCUUCUUCAGAUUGUGCUGCUCGUCUACCCAAUGGAAGGGCAGGUCGCAGGUCAGCCCCCAUCUACCUGAACAUCCGGUCUCCCGCUUCUUACCGGGGCUCCCCGGUCCCCGACCUAGACGACGUGUUCGGCCCCGCGGACGGCACCCGCACCGAUGAGGAAACAGUGUCUCCCAGAUGGGUUACUUUCACCAGCGACAGGCCCCCGCCGCCCGAUGAACCCGCGCCUCCUCCGCCACCGGACUCUCCUGCUCCAGACACGCCCUCGUCGACCCCCUCCACCCCCUGCACCCCCUGCCUCUCUCCAGGACCGCCGCCCAACGAGCCCCCGCCUUCGCCUCCGUCGCUUUCGCCCGGGUCUCCUCCUCCUUUCACGCCACCAGAAUCACCCCCCUCCAUCGUGCUCGGACCUCCUCCUCCAGAUGAACCAGCCCCUCCCCUGCCUCCCGACUUCUCCCCCUCUAAUUCGCCUCCUCUGUGCUUCGACGACGAGGGGACCGAUGAAGAGGUGCUGCAGUUUGCAGAGUACUGUUCGUCCCCGGCCCCGACCAGCCCCGUGCCCCCUCUGCCAGCAGAGCGGAGGUCUCCUCGGGCAGGAGUCACAUCUCCUCUGGUCCUGGGGGGCGUGGGGGGAAAGAGGACUCCAGAGGGAGCGUACCUGAGAGAUGAUAUCCCAGACUUUGUGGGUUCACCCAGAGAGCUGACGCCGAGCUUCAGCCGCACGCCACCUCCUCUCCCUCCAACCACGUACAGGUCUAUUAUGUCUUCCCCAGGGCCCUACUCAGGCAGCAGCCCCUCGUCCCCAGCUCGUCCCGCCACGCCUCAGUCUCGAGGCAGUCCGGUCCCUCCGCCUCCUCCUCCUCGACCUUCCUCGCGACCAAAGCUGCCCCCAGGGAAACCCAUCACAGACCUGACUCGGCCCUUCAGUCCGCCGGUUUCAGCCAGCCCCCCACCUUACGCCCCCCUGGCCCGGGCAGAGAGCUCUUCCUCCAUCUCCUCCAUUACUUUACACAGUGCAGCAUCCACUCCAACAUUAGGACGGGACCUCAACAUGUCCGCCGCAGGAUGCUCCAGAGGACCCAGUCCACUCACCAUGGGACCCCAGGACACUCUGCCAGUGGCAGCUGCCUUCACAGAAACUAUCAAUGCAUACUUCAAAGGCGCAGACCCCAGCAAAUGUGUUGUGAAGAUCUCAGGGGAGAUGGUGCUGUCCUUCCCCGCGGGCAUAACCAGGCAUUUUGCCAGCCACCCAACUCAACCCAUCCUCACCUUUUGCAUCAGCAACUACAGCCGACUGGAGCAGGUCCUCCCCAAUCCACAGCUGUUGUGCUGUGACUCCAUAACAGACAGUGUGGACACCAAGGAGUUCUGGGUAAAUAUGCCAAACUUGAUGAGCCAUCUGAAAAGAGUGGCUGAACAGAAGCCUCAGGCGACAUACUACAACGUGGACAUGAUCAAAUAUCAGGUGUCAACAGAAGGGAUCCAGUCCAGUCCUCUGAACCUGGCGGUGAGCUGGAGAGGCGACGCCACAAACACAGACCUUAGAAUAGACUACAAAUACAACACAGAGGCCAUGGCCGCCCCCGUGCCACUACACAACCUCCAGUUCCUGGUUCCUGUGGAUGGAGCCAUGGCCAGACUCCAGGCCAUGAUCCCCCCCGCCACCUGGAAUCCAGAGCAGCAGACGAUACAGUGGAAAAUCCCAAGUCUCUCUCAUAGAUCUGAAAAUGGAGGAGUAGGGGCUCUUCUGGGCCGGUUCCAGAUCACAGAAGGUCCCUGUAAACCCUCACAGCUGGCAGUCCAGUUCAGCAGUGAGGGGUGCACUCUGUCAGGGUGCGACAUCCAGCUGGUUGGGACUGGCUACCGGCUAUCGCUGAUCAAGAAGAGAUUUGCUGCAGGGAAAUAUUUGGCGGAUAAUUAGUGGACCUUUUUGUGAACGGAACCAAAAGAAUCAAUGGCUUAAAGACUGUGAAGACUAUGGAUCCAUCCCAUGUUUAGUGCAUUUGAAACGUUAUCUUUAGCAGCCAUUAGAGUCAAUGGUUGAGAUUUAACAGAAUAACGGAACACACACACAGAUAAUAUUUGACUUCAUAACAUCAUAUUCAGUAGACCGACGGCUGCUGAGUUUAUGCAAGGAAAUACAAAUCAUUCGUUUCGUGCACUUGGGAGACUUAUGGAGUAAAGUAUAAACCCUGAUUCUUUGUUCUUGUUAACUUAAUUGUGGAUUCAUACAGUGAUCCAGCCUUAUUCAUUGCAGUUCUUUUUGUCUAAUUGGUCGUCAUUGCAAAUGCACUGUAAAAGAUAAUGUGAAUAGAUUAUAUAAUAUUAAAACAAUCUUAAACACGGUGGAAAAGGCUGGAAAAUGUAAAAAAAAAGAAGAAGUGUAGUUUAGAGUUGCUUUGCAGUUGUAUUUCAGUAAGUUCUAGGUUCCAUGGUAAUAUCUGAUUUACACUGCCACAUUAAAUCAGAGGUUUUUUUUCCCACCAUGUGAAACCCAUCUUUUAUCGUUGCCGAAACAGAAUGGAUGUUUCUGUGCAGACAGCCUUUGAAAUGUCACAGUCCUUUCUGUCAGUCUUGUGAUUGAAGGUCAGUUCACAGAUCAAAAGGUCCUGCAGCGCUGGAACAGCACUCUUAAUCCGAAGAUAUGGAAUUCUGUUUGUGUCUCACUCUGGAUCGCAUGAAGGGGAAUUAUGAGCACAGUAAACACACUUUGUUUGCAAGAACAUGAAUUAUAUUUUGUUACAUCGUCACGCAAGGAAUACUCAAAUUUGAGCAGAUAAAUGAUUUUAAUCUUACAUUUACAAUCAAAAUGUUAUAUACAGUAAUAGCACUGGUUCACAUGAUUACUUUAUGUGAAUGAGGUUGCUCGUAGUGACAAAACCCACAGAGAAUAUUCACCCAAAUAGCAUUGUUCAGUUCAUGGUUUUAGUUUCCCAGACUGCAAUUUAACUGAUGACUCAGAUUAACACUCUGUCAAAGUUGGCAACUAGCUGGUGAACAUUGUGGAGCAUUUAGCUUCUAAAAAGGCAGACUUUCCAUCAGGAGUUGGUAGGGACUAAAAACAGGCCUAAACGAAGACUAAACAUUGGGUUUACAUUCAUCCAGUGGCCAGAAACAUGAAUCCAAACGAAUGCUCAUCUUACUGAGUGUCUGCUUGAUGUGUAGGUAACUGUUCACCAUGUCAUCUUAAAAGAUGUGUUGUGUUCACAGCUGGUUCCCGCUGCCCACAAGUAGACAAUAAAUCAUCAGAUUGCAGGUUUAGGUUUAGGUGUGUGCUUAUGAUUUUUCUUUUGCACAGAUGGAAUCAUUUUUGAGUGAUGUUAAUUGCUCUCCAAAAUAUCAUUCAUGUGCUUGCAAAAACAAAAACCCACACAUCUUGUCCCGUCCUGCGAUCAGGAUCGAAGCACACAUUAUGCAAUAUGUUUGCACAUGCAGCUUUGGCUUUUUGCCGUUAACGGGUCAUGAGAGCAGAGAGUUGAAACUGUAAGUAAAUCAGUUCCAGAGGUUUGACCUCCUGAAGAACAAAAGCAUUACUUUACCACUACGAGCACGUGCAAUGCUGAGAUACAUAAACUUUCCCACGUCAAAGGACUAGACAAGAGACCAGUCGUAUUUGCGGUGGUGUGCGAGUGGUCAAAUUUUGUAACAAGGUGUGAAUAACAGAAGCUGCUACUUUCACUGGAUUCAGUUAAUUUGUUCUGUUAAUGUUACAGAAGUUGUGUUUGAAAGGGCCUUAAGAUGUAAGACGCAUACAGAGCCGGACGUGAGUGCCAUAUGGUGGUGAGAACGAGCUUUAAGAUUCAGGAUGAACACAGAGGGCUGACGAUUGUAGGAGUUCCCUCUGAUGCUGCUUAAAAACUUGGCCAAUUCCUUUGACCGUGAUCUAUGAUAGAGGUCUUGAAAAAGAUUAUUGGGGACAUCACAGAAGAAAGAAAUGACAGCACUAGUCUUGUCCCUGUCUUAUUUUCUUCCUUUUCCACCAUGUUAAACAAUAAAUGUUUUAUCAUUUUCUAACAGCAAUAUUUAAGUGUAAAAAGUGUACAUAAAAAAAAGGUAUGUUUUAAAUAUUUCUCUGGGCAUAUGGAUGUGUCUGUGAUUGUCUCUUGAUUUAUUGAUGUCAGCACUCAUGAUGAAUUAGGUCCUGUGUAACAACACCACCACUCUUCAUCUAUUGUUUGACAUGUGGGUUUCUUGUACCAAAAAAAAAGUGUUGCUGUUGAAGAAUAACCUCAAACGGUGCCGCAUGAGAUCUGCAUUCGUCCAUUCCAGUCUUAUCAACGCAAUACCAAUUCAUCCAUUUCAAUAAGGUCCUGAUACGUGUGUUAUUGUAUAAUCGUGCUAUGAGAGGAGACUUUUUGCCUUCACUUAAACCUCCACUCUCUGUUUUGCUGUUGUUGCACCUUCAGAAACUCAUUGUCAAUAAAUUUGGCAUGUGUAUUCAUUGAUAUUCCCAUUCCAUGCAUCUGAUAUAGGUGUUUGACAUUCUCUUGUGUUUGACUUGCACACAAAACACACUUUAAAUUUCAUUAAUAAAACAGUUCAUGGACUUAUGUCACAUAUGUGUUUGAACAUCA